AAUAGCAGCAACAGCAGCAGCGCAGCAGCAACAGUGAACAGCAGCCUGAGCAGCAUCAGCAGCACAGCUACAUCAGCAGCAACAGCUGGAACAUCCUCAUCUGGCAAUGGAACAAUGCAUCGUCGCGUUUUGCGUGGCCAUGCGGCACAGACGUCCAGUGGGGAGCGAGUGCUGCUCAUUAACUAUGUGCCACAAACGGGAGCAGCAGCAACAACAACAUCAACAACAACUUCCACAGCCAGCACAACACAGUUGCCCACACGCAAGAUACUUCAGGCCAGAGCCACAGCAACAGCAGCAGCAACAGCAACAACAGCAACAGCAGCAUCUGCCUCUGGAGGAGCAACGACAACAACAACACCGUCCGUCUCCUUUGCCGGCCUUGGGUCUGAGGUGACAGUUACAUUGACGCGCACCAAUCAGCGUGCCAGCGUCACAAAUGUGACUGCCGCCGGUCAUAUUGUUAGGAAUCAGCAAACCCUUUAUCAAACAACAACCACAUCCGCCACAGGCGGUACCACGAGCACGGCGACAACCAUGCAUGAGCCAGUGCAGCAUAUAGCGACGCCAACAACGCCGCCGCCACUGCGCUGGCAGCAGCAGGAGCAGCAGCAGCAGCAGCAGCAACAGCAGCAACAGCACGAAUAUCAACAUGAACACCAUCUGGUGGAACAGGAGCACAUAAUCAUUGAUCAUCAUCAGCAAGCGGAAACGGAGGAUCAAUUAAUUGAAUAUGAUGAUGGCGAGGGUGUUGUCAUUGAGGAACAUCAUCAGCAUCAUCAUCAUCAUGAACAGCACCAUCUACAGCAUCAUCAGCUGGAAUUGCAGGAUGAUCUGCAGGAUCAUGAUCCACAGCAGCAACAGCAUCAUGAGGUUGUCCAGGAGGUUUAUCUACAGUAGAAGUGUGUUAUAUUUACAAUCGAUUCAUAUUAUCUCUAUAUAUACAAAAUAGUUGUUAGUUCUCCAUAAGUUUUAGAGUUGCCAACAAAUUGAGCUUGUGUUUAAACAAUGCAUACAUAGGUAUGUACAAGAAACUGUAUAUUUUAUUUAUUAUCAUGCCCAAAAUGCACAUUUUGACAUUUAAGUGAGAUCAGCAAUAGUUUCACCUUUGUCCCUUGCUACAUACUUAUGUAUGUAAACAUUUCAGAGAGCCCAAAUUGUAUUGUAUAUAUCCACAAACAAUUAUAAAUAUUACAUUUAAUAUUAAUACUAAGCAACAAUUUUAAACAUUAAACAAAUGUGAAUAAAAGCAUGUGUAUAAAGUUAAUUUGCGUAUAAUAGUAUAAGAAAAUAUUCAACAUUUAGAAAGUAUCUGAAAACGUUGAUAUAAAAAAAGAAAGAAGAAAACAACGUAAAAUUAAAUCAAAAUAAAGAAACAAAUAUUUUUGUACCAUACAAAUUAUGCUUCGAAUUCGAAAAUAAUAUAAAAAUAUAGCGAUUAAAUGAUUUAUCGUCAGUUUCAAGUUAAUCAAUAUCAAUUGAAAAAUACAGAUUUCAAGAUAUAGAAAACCCCAUUUCAAAUACGUAAAUUUUAAAAAUAUAUAUGUAUAUUUAAUAUUUACCGAACACCAAUUUUGACACUUAAAAACUGUUAAGGAAGAAGAAGGCAAUUAAUGCGCCAGUAGGCCACUAAAAAGAAAAUACAUAUAUAGACGAUAUAUGAGAUAUAUGAUUGGUUCUAUGUGCGUAACCCAGUUUGGGGCCAAGGCAAUAAAGCGAGCCGGUUUGUGUACUGAAAGCCACAAAUAUUAAUUAUUA